AAGUUCCUUGAAAGGUCCUGCUCCAUCUGACCUGUUAUGAAUGAAGAGAUCGUUUAUAGUUUUCAUCAGACUGUCGGAUUGUUUAUAUCGAGCUUUCACUCUCGCAUGUCAGAUUGACCCGGUCAGCGAUCACCGGUGAUUGUGGGUCACUGCGAAAUCAAAGCGACUCGACCGAAAGUGAAAGUGAUCCGUCAUUCUUCCCAAUGCUUGACGCCAGUCGCUUCAUUUAGUUUAGGGGUUUAAUCUUUGAAUCUUCAUCAUGCCUGUGAGACAGAAAGAUGCUCAGCGGGCACUGCAGCUUUUGGAGGAAUACCAAACUAAACUCAGUCAGACUGGAGAUCCUCAUCUCAGACUGUCAAUCGAGAGGGUCAUAAACAUAUUUAAGAGUACACUUUUCCAGGCUCUUGUAGACAUCCAGGAAUAUUAUGAAGUGAGCCUUCAGGAUACUGAGGAUAAACCCAUAGAGGAUUCAAGCCUUAAAAGCAGAGAGUCAUUUCCUCCUGUUAAUGAAUGGAAUCUCAGUGUCCCUCCCAGCACUACUGGACCAACAGAACCGGUGCCCAUCAAUCUUCCUCAAACAGAAGAG